UGCGUAAUAAAGUGUAGUAGGAGGCCGCGCAUGGCAUCUGUGAUCCGGCUGCUGCUGCUGUCGCUGCUGCUGCUGCUCCUCCGCCGCUGGGUCCCUGCUGUUGCUGCUGGUGGUGGUGGUGAUGCCGAGCUCAGCGUCUCUAUGUGCGGCUACAACCGCAUCGAGUUCCCGAGACUGAUGCCGAAUGAGACGCGAGCGGAGGCUGAAUGGUGAUGAUGAUGAUGCUGCUGGUGAUGAUGAUGAUGAUGAAGAUGAUGGAUGGUGUGAGCCGUUUCUCAUCGCUCGGACAGCUGUAACGUCGGCGGCGGCGGCGGCGGACACGCGCGUGGAUUCAUCAAAAGGGUCGACGUUUAAGGCUUUUUGACGUUUGACAUUCAGCGGCAGAAUGAUCGAGGAAGGCAGUAAACGAGGCAAGGCCAUGGUGGAGAAGAGACAGCUCUUCAUGGAGAUGAGAGCUCAGAACUUUGACGUGAUCAGACUGUCGACUUACAGAACCGCCUGCAAACUCCGCUUUGUGCAGAAGAGAUGCAACCUUCAUCUGGUGGACGUCUGGAAUAUGAUCGAAGCCUUUCGCGACAACGGGCUCAACACACUGGACCACAACGCUGAGAUCAACGUGUCGCGGCUGGAGACGAUCCUGUCUUCCAUCUACUACCAGCUCAACAAGCGGCUGCCCACCACACACCAGAUCAACGUGGAACAGUCCAUCGGGCUGCUGCUCAACUUCAUGGUGGCCACGUACGACAGUGAAAGCCAUGGCAAGUUGACAGUUUUCUCAAUGAAAGCAAUGCUGGCAACAAUGUGUGGAGGCAAAAUUGUGGACAAACUACGUUAUAUUUUCUCACAGAUCUCUGACUCGAGUGGAGUCAUGGUGUUUGCCAAGUUUGAUCAGUUUCUGCGGGAGGUUCUCAAACUGCCCACAGCCGUGUUCGAGGGCCCUUCGUUCGGCUACACGGAGCAUUCGGUGCGCACGUGCUUCCCUCAGCAGAAGAAGAUCAUGCUGAACACGUUUCUGGACGUGUUGAUGGCCGAUCCUCCUCCUCAGUGUCUCGUGUGGCUGCCUCUCAUGCACCGACUCGCUAAUGUUGAAAACGUCUUCCAUCCGGUGGAAUGUUCUUAUUGCCGGAGUGAGAGCAUGAUGGGUUUCCGGUAUCGGUGCCAACAGUGCCAUGGCUACCAGCUUUGUCAGAGCUGCUUCUGGCGUGGCCAUGCCAAUGGUCCCCAUAGCAACCAGCACCAGAUGAAGGAGCACUCGUCUUGGAAGUCUCCGGCCAAAAAGCUGAGCCACGCAAUCAGCAAAUCUCUCGGCUGCGUCCCCAUCGGAGAGCCACCCCAUCCUGUUUUCCCCGAGCAGGCGGAGCGACCACAGGAGCUCACUCACACCGUUCAGCCGAAACCGGUGGCCAACAACAUGAACGACACAAUUCUCAUGUCCUCCGGGGCACCUACACCUUCCAAAAGUGUCUUGGAGAGUCCCAGUCGGCUAGAUGAAGAGCACCGCCUCAUCGCUCGCUACGCUGCGCGCCUGGCAGCCGAGGCGGGCAACUCCACACAACAGUGUCCUCCGACAGACCUGAGCUUCAACUUUGAUGCCAACAAGCAGCAGAGGCAGCUGAUCGCAGAACUAGAGAACAAAAACAGAGAGAUCCUCCAGGAGAUCCAGAGGCUGCGUUUGGAGCAUGAACAAGCCUCUCAGCCCACACCUGAGAAAGCCCAGCAGAACCCCACGCUCCUGACUGAACUGCGGCUCCUCAGACACAGGAAGGACGAGCUGGAGCGGCGCAUGUCGGCCCUGCAGGAGAGCAGACGGGAGCUGAUGGUGCAGCUGGAGGGCCUGAUGAGGCUGCUGAAGGAUGAGGAGCAGAAGCAGGCUUCCCAGUCCGGAGGCUCCCCUCAUUCUUCCCCCAGUCACGGUGCCGGCUGCUCCAUGCCCAUGCCCAUACGCUCCACAUCGGCUGGAUCAACCCCAACCCACACGCCACAGGACUGCCUGGCUGGAGUGGGAGGCGACGUGCUGGAGGCCUUUGCUCAGGGUGUACCUAGAAAUCUUCGGAACGAUUUAUUAGUUGCUGCUGAUUCAAUCACAAACACCAUGUCUUCGCUGGUGAAAGAGCUCCACUCAGUAGAUGACGGGGGAGACGAGGAGGAGACCAACAUGAGGAACGGUGGGGACAGAGCUGAAGCAGACUGAAGAACAAAAAGCACAGUAAGAGUAUAGAAGCACUGAGGGAAAGAGAACACCACCCCAUCUUGUAAGGACAUACAGUCAUCGAAUCUGAAGAAUCAGUAACAACAACAACAACAACAACAACAACCCUGGCAUUAGCACGUAGAGUAAUGCAUGCUGUAAUCUAACAGGAUUUCACUAUGUGAAAAAAAAGAAAAAAGUUUCUAAUUAGCGAGUAUGUGUGUUGUCCUGUUAACAAAAAAAAAAAAGAAACCUGCUGUAAUUACCCAACGAUUUCCCUCAUGACUGCUAAAGAAUGGCUCGCUGUGUUUUCCUCCCUCAGGAGGUCAUUCUGUAUAUAAAAUACUGUAAACACAUGACCUUGGGAAGACCCUGACAACGGAGGUUACCUUCUUUUCAUAUGUUCCCCGUCAUCGCUCCAGUGCUAAUAUAUUUUUUUUUUUUCAUAAUUAUUCUUAUUAUUUUUGCAUGAAGUUGCACUAAUGUCUGGAUUUUCGGUACUGUACCGCGCUAUACGCCAGCUCUUUGUGGGUUAUAUGAUGACAGCUGUCAUGUCAGACGUGUCCUGCCUUCAGGAUUCACGCUGAGUGUGUUUACUGCACGUCCACGUUCUCAGGACACGCCGUUAGGAAUGAGACCAGUGCAAUUCUCCUGUAUCCAGCUGCAGCCAGGACACAGUUUAAGCUUAACUUAAGCCUGGGAACAUGAGAAAACAGAUAACUUGGCUCCAUCAUAGUGUAAUAAAGGGACUCUCUAGAGUCUCACGCUCACUGUUCACAGGCAAUCAGCAAAAAACGAUCCAAAAAAGAAAUGGUUUGAUUCAUAAUCCCUGAAACCCUUGACUCGCAGAUCACUUGUUUCCCCCAACGUUCCUUUUUAAAGGGACCAUGAACAACAUAAAAUCUACUUUAGCAUUUUUAUGUCACCUUGUGCUCUGGCAAAACGAAAUCAGAUUCUUAGCUUAACACAAACACAAUCGACCAAGGAAAGCAGCUAGCUAAAUGCUGUCUAAAGGCAAUAAAAUCUCAUCUACCAGCACAAGUAACAGCUAACUAAUAAUUAGCAUGCUGUACAAGUGUAAAAACAACACGUUGUUGAAUGUGCUGAACUAUUCCUCGGCAAACCACAACGUGUGUUUUCUACACUUCAUUUUUAUAAACAAAUAAAAACAAAACAUGCUAUAGCUAGCCCCUGGUUUCAGUAUUUAUGCUAAGCUAACUGGAUACAGGCUAUUUCCGCCCAAAUGUUGAACCAGUAUUUCAAAUUUGGUGACACCUAAUGGAGAGACUGCAGUGGAACGGUUCGGUCCAGUAUGUAUUUUUUUUUGUGUUUCCAUUAAGAAUAGUGUGAAUUUCUCUGUGAGAUGAAUAAAGUAUCUAUCUAUCUAUCUAGUACCAAAAUAACCGGUCUAAAGCUCAAAAACGUAACUCCCUUGCGACCGGUUGUUUGCGUAGCUCACGCGGUGACACAGAAUGGUGUAAAAAUUGCCUAAAGCACAUAUUUUAAGGCUACGGAAACCAAAUUCUUUUUUAUUUUAAAGCAUUUCUAUACAUAUACUCUUAUGGGUAAUUUAUUCAAUUUUGCCCAAUAAACCCUAAUGACCUUUUAAAAGCCAGAACACCAAGAUAUACAGCAGAGGACUCAAACUCAGCCUAGUUUGGAAAAAAACAAUAUUUAUUUAUAGUUUCAAAUAACUCACAAAAACAACUCAUUAUAACUUGAUAUUAAGUGGGUUUGAGACCUCAGAUAGACAAGUAAUAUUAGGAUUCCAUUCUCAGACGUUUGCAGUAUGUUGUGGAUAAGAAGCUGACCUCCCUCUCUGACCUCGGCCAGUAAAACGCAAGAGCUGGUUUGCAGAAUUUUUACGUGCACGUAAACACACUCACUGAAUCACACACUGUUCUGCUGCUGCUACGCUCUCCGCGAGCCUCCCUUUGCAAAUAACAGGGCACAGUAAUGAGCCGAGGCUCAUUGUUUCCUCCCAAUGAAAAACCUAAGCGAAUCACCUGAAGGGCAUUGUAACACUCAGCGCAGCAUGGCGCCCUCCUUUUCCAGAAUACACGGACUAGCUGGUAUAGCCUCAGUAUUUAUUUGUUCGGAAGCACCUCAGGAUGUUUAGUAGUGACGACGUAGGCUCCGAGUUUUAGUUUUGUGCUCCCAGAAUGGACACUUAAUAGAGUAUGCGAGGGUGUGCGGUAGUCGUAAGAGAGUAGGAAACGCUUCGAUAGCUUUACUUAGUCGAAAUGUUACGCGCAAUGACGGCAGGCGCUCAGGGAACGCAGAGCUUCUCUGUAGCUGGAAUGUGGCGUAAUAAUAACGAUGGAAAUGUCAAUGAUGAUUUAAAAUGAAGGGUUUCAUUCUGAAAUGUCACAACGUUUUGUCCUAAAGUUGAACAUCGAUUUCUCCCUCAUUUUGGAAUGAAACUCUUCGCUAUUUUAAAUGAAAACGUGGAGUAGAGGAAGUGGAUUAGGAGAAGUGCUGCAGUAUGUGGUGAAAGCAUGUUAUCGGGUAGAGUUUGUCUCUGUGAGUGAAUUAGUGUCUUUCAUACGGAAAAAAGCAAAGUGUUCCGUCUGCUCCAGAUGAGGUUUAAUUUGAGCCGGACAGAGAUCAGGUUUAUGUAACUGUCACGUUUUGGUUUUUUUUGUCUUCCGGUUUUAAUGUCCUUUGUCCCUCAGUGUCGGCAUACGACUCGAAUUCAAGACGAGCUGCAGCAGCGCGUCUGGUUUUUGAUGAGAUAAAUGUGUGGCGGCAGUUUUUCGGAAAUGUGACUGACCUAAAAGUACAGGAAGCGGGAAGGUUUUGUUUGUUUUUGUUUAAAAUUUUGUACAGUAAGCUUCGGUAUAAGGUUCCACCAACCUGUAACACUGUGUCAAGAAAAACAAACAUUGUCAUUUUAAAUGUGGUAUUUUUCAUUGGCUCCCCUUUUCUUCUCUCUGUGUGUCAUCUUUAUUAUUGUUCUUCUCCUGGUUUUGCAAGUAUUAGUGGAGUAUAUUCGUUGUAAUGAGUUUCAUGUGCGCGCUCGCAUCGCCGCCCGGUUUUCAAUCCAUGCGAAAAAGCAAAGUGUAGGAACUGAAAUGCCAUCGAAUUCAAAUCAGAAAGCUCCUUUUAUUCCGCUUACAAAAGAUCGAGAAAUGAUUCAAAUGCAGAGGUUAAAAAAAAAGAAUUCAACUCACUGUCUUCCCCUUCCCUGCGGUCACACAUCUGAAUGCAUAACUAAGCUCCUUUUUUUGUUGUCGUUCUUUCAGUUUGUGCCUGUAGCUGUUCUGUAAAGUGCUGUAAAAAAAAAAGCAAAUAAGAUGAUCAAUUAGCCUUUAUGUCGGCGUUUUAGUCUGUGACUAUAGAGGUUUUUAUUUCAUUUAUUUAUUUAUUAAUGUGUUCCGUGGGGAAAAAAAAAAAAUAUUGCUCAGCCUUUACAUUUGUGCCAAACUGUUUGCGGACAUCGUGUGUCACACACAUCCCAGGUAUAUAACGACGUAAUAUAUCUGCAUCGGUAUGUUGUUGUUGCUCAGUCGUUGAACGUUCACAUUUAACGGUGUCCGUUUAAUAAUCAAUACAGAUAGAAGAGACAUUCCAGAUCUACUGAUAGACAGUCGCUGGUGUCAUUUUAACCAGUGCAGAGGCAAUACCGUUCACCCUGUGUGACCAAACCAGGGGUAAAACACAGUUACACACACACACACUGAGCCUUUUAUUGUUUGCAAAAAGACAACAACAACAACAACAACAACAGCAGCGCUCCCCCCGAUGUUAUUUAUCUAUGUCUGUGUUCUGUAUGGUUCUGCUUCUGGUACUCAUUUGUUUCUCAUGUUGAGUUUACAACACAUAGUUUUAUGUCACGAAGCCACUGUCUUUUGUAAAUAAAUCAAAUGUGAGAUAUAUUAAAAACAAAAGAUUUAAAAUAUGUCUCUGA